AUGGAAGAUUGUUGGCAAUGGAAGGGUGAGCAUUCGGGAAUCUACUCAGUAAAGAGUGCCUAUCGUCUUACUCAAGAAUUGAAAGGGGUGGUUCCUAGAGACAACAACUCUGGUUUUUGGAGGGAUUUAUGGAACCUAAAAAUUCCUCCUAAAGUGAAGGAUUUUAUCUGGAGGGCUGUUUCAAAUUGCCUCCCAACUCGGUUCCAACUUGGCCAUCGUAAGAUCACCCUCCCCUGUACUCUCUGCCCAAGAUGUCUGCGCUCUGUGGAAACCAUUCCCCACUGUUUGGUGGGCUGCUUUUUCGCCAUGGCUUGCUGGAGGUUUGCUGGUAUACCAGCCGUUGCCAUCGGGGACAACUCUUUUGGUGGAUGGUUACAAGACCGUUUUAAAGCUUGGGGGGACGAUAUGAAACAUAGGGCGGUUAUGGUGAGCUGGGCACUAUGGCAGGUUAGAAAUGAGAAAGUUUGGAAGAAUACAAGUAGGUCUGUCAAAGAAGUAAUCACGUUGGCUAGAGGUACUUUUGAUCAAUGGAGAACUGCUCAGGAGAAAACUUUCAUCCCAUCUCUGUUUCUGCUUCAUUUCGGGGAAGGGGCUGAGCAUUGGUUCGCACCAGGGGAAAACAAGAUCAAAAUCAACGUCGAUGCAGCUGUCUUUCCUGAUCUCAACAAGUUUGGCUAUGGCUAG